ACCAAAAUAUAUUCAAAAUCCUCUGCCGAAAAUCGAAGUUUUUACAUUUUCAUCUUUAAUUUUCACUGUGUGAGAGGUCUACACAUACCCAAUUUUCGUUUAGUUUUGUAUACACAUUCAAGUCGAAAAUGCCGGCCACCAAGGGACUGUUGUUCAAGCGCUAUGUCCGGAUCGAGCUAAAUCUGUGGCGACGUACGCUUUUCGAGAUCGUCGCCCUGGUAAUCAUGGUUCUGGUGAUCGUGCUCAAUCCCAUAGCUCAUUCAAAGAGGCUUCUCUACAUGAGCACCGAUAACGAAAACGAGCAAAGCAUCGUAUCGCACAAGCUUCAGGAUAUCAGCAUAUUAACACGAAUGGCGGACUCGAAGAGGGAAAAGACCAAGUACAGGCUGGCCUACACGCCAAGAAGCAACUUCGUAAAGGAUGUGACUAAAAAUGUGGCCAAAACCCUGGAGCUUGACUCAACUGUGGGCUACGCUACCGAAGCCGAGCUAGAGGAUCAGUUCGACGAGAGGACUACGCUAGCGGGCCUGGUAUUCCACGGAGCUGACGGAGAUGCCACACCCCUUACGCUAUCCGUUUCGAUUCGCUUUCCCAGCGAGUUCCGAACGAUAGCUCCAUUUCUCACCGAGGAUCGUCUGUGGAUAACCCGUUGCUCGGGUAGGAUUAACCCCGGACGAGACCGGGCCAAGCACGAUAAGCAACAGGAUAUCUAUAUACGCGAGGGCUUUCUUCAGCUCCAACACCAGAUUUUCAUGGAGUGGUACCAUCGAUUGCGCAACGACUUCAUCACCACCUAUCCGGAACCGAAUGUCGAGGUCUACAAUAUCCUGCUGAAGGCCGCCGACGAACCUUGCUCCGUAAUGAGUCUCGCCCGGCUGCCCACAUUCCUGUACAAUUUCAUAUACCUACUGCCAUUUCUUAAUAUUAUCAGAAACGUGGCUGCCCAGGUGCAGGAUGGUGUGAUGGUGCAUCAGUGGCAUUACGGCUACUCGUUCGGAACACAAUGGGUCUUUAAGUUCCUGGUUCUGUUCCUGAGAAUGUGCAUUCUGGGUGCAGUUUUCAUCUUAAUAAUUAUGGCUGUUUGGGCCUCUGGGUAUUUCGGGGAGUUCUCCGGAAAGGGGGCGAUAGCCUUUGUAUGCUUCGUUGUGGUUUACACCGUGGAGAUCAUCAUUACCGGAAUGGUGGUGGCCAAACUAUUUGGCAAUCCCACCAACGCAGUGCUCUUUGCCCUGAUGCUGUGGCUCUUUAUGUACGCAGCAUUCUGUAUUAUCCUGGAGCGCUACUGGGAUAUUCACAAGCCCUACGUGUUCUUCAUCCUGGUGUCCUUCUGCAAUUGCCAAAUGCACUUCAGCAUGGUUCUGUUUAGGAAGUGCAUUCAAGACCCAGAUAUGGUGAAGACGAUUGAUUUCGUUGUGAUCUUCACUUCGGCCAUAAGUUCGGCUUUGAUUUAUUUCCUCGUUUUAUUGACGGUGCAGUGGAGGAUGCCGGGCACAUAUCUCAGUCGACGGGUGGUGAACAAUCGACCGCGGAAGCAGCGCGAAUCAGACGCACCCAUCAUGUAUAUGGGCAGGGCGCCGAGUUUUUCCAAUUUCGAAUUUGGCGAUGUGGGCAGUGAGGAGCUGAUGCGAAUGCGCCACGUUAGCACCACACACCGCGACUCGGAGCGCAAGAUCCUGAAGAACAUAUCGAUGAGGAUCUAUCGCGGCGAGGUCUACGUGAUCCUCGGGCACAUUGGUUCUGGCAAGCUCACGCUUUUGAGGGUUUUGGCCGGCCUUAAGUUUCCCCUACGCGGCAGUGUAUCCAUUCUGGGCAAGCAGUUUGAACCCAAUGGCGAAGCCCGUCGCAUGGUGGACUACCGUUUCGAGGAGCAUGGACUCAAUAAACACUUGACCGUGGAGCAGACCAUCGACUAUCAUGUCCGUUUGAAACUGGAGCCCAGUGAAUCGGACCGCUACGAUAUCGAGAGGCGCAAGUGGCUGGCCAUACUCGAUCAGCACGUCGAGAGUCGUAGAGUUCGGGUCGGGAAGCUGAGCCCGGGCACCAUGAAGCUGGUGGCAUUAUGCUGCUGCUUGGCCGGGGAUACGCGAAUCGUUAUCCUGGAGGAGCCGACCACCGAGUUGACGGGACGAGAGUCUCAGGUCUUUUGGUCGAUUGUCAAUACGGAGAAGGAGAAUCGGGCUUUCAUAAUAGCCACCUACAGUGUUGGCGAGGCGGAGCAUGCCGCCGAUCGCAUCGGGAUCCUCAGCAUGGGCAUUCUGGAGGCCAGUGGCACACCGUUCUUUCUGCGAGCCAAGUUCAGCAGUAGUGUGGAUCUGGUCAUUAUCAAGAAACCACAUGUUCCCGAUCAGCCAAUCACGGACUUCAUCAACCAGUUUAUGUCGAACAUCGAGCCGGAGAAUGAGAUCGGUGAUACACUCACUUACAGAAUUCCUGUUUUCUAUCGUCCGCAGUUGCAAAAGCUACUAAUUCACCUGGAAAUCGAUCGGAAGAAGCUGGGCAUCGAAAACAUGAGAGUGGUGGGUGCGGAACUCUCCGAUAUUUAUAUGAAGCUGGUCACCUCCUUUCGACUACAGCAGCAAAUGAUCCCGGAUGUCACCCAAACUUUCAAGUACCAGGUGGUUUCGCACAGGCAACUUACCAGACAGCGGAUGAGGGCCAUGUUUUACAAGAAGAUGAUCCAUACGGCGCCGAAUGUUUGGCCCAUAAUCAUGAUCUUCACCAGCUUUGUUCUAAUCGCCAUUAUCGCCCGUCUAUCGGUGCUGCUCGAUAUGCCGAAAGAGCGUGAAAACUCGAUUAAUAUCGGAUUUAUUAAGGCGGGGGACGUUGCCAAAACUAUACCGAAUUUGAAGGAUUGCGGCUACAUCGACAUCCGGUCGGCGGUUAAGGGCCCAAGCAAAAGGGAAGCCAAUAUCCACAGGACCUUCGACAAGACAUCCUUUGCCUGUGAGAAGGGUAGCUAUCGGAACGAUUUACGGAAGAAGAGCGAACUUAGGAACUACGGUGCGGUCGAGGCGGAUGGGGAGCAGGAUCUCAAUGGAUAUAUAAGUCAGGAUAUCUUUCACUCGGCCCCCAUGAUGCUCAACCUGCUGCACAAUGUUUUACUUAGGCUUUCGUACCCGGAUCAGGAGGGCAUAGUCACCCUGGUGGAGAACCAUCCGCUGCCCACUCAGCUUUCGCGAAAGAUCAAUCUGCUGGACAACAAGAUCGCCCACAUUCAUGCUUCAUUGGCCAUCGGUUGCAUCCUGCCGCUAACCGUGUCCGUUUUCGUAAUUCCCCUCGUUGAGGAGGAGAUCUAUAAUGUACGAUUCCUGCAACAUAUGGCCGGGUUGGGCCUGAAGGUCUACUGGGGCAUCACUCUAUUUUGGGAUUGGUUUACCUUCUUCAUUUACUCAAUCAUCAUUGUGGUGAUCAUGGCUCUGAUGGGCAUCGGCGGCUUUGGCUUCUACGAGAAUUGUAUCCUGGUGCUCCUGUUGUCCAUAUUCGGACUGGCCGCCCUGCCGCUCACCUAUUUGGUUUCCAUGUUUAUGAACAAAUCGAUUGUCCGUGCGUUUCUCGUCUCCGUACUCCUGCAGGGAGUCUCCGGUCUGGUUUUGUACAUCAUUUAUUGGGACGUGGCGAACAGCAAUACGAUCUUCUACUAUGGGGCCUGCAUGUCGCCGGGAUUCUCGUUGCUGGACGGAGUUAGCAAUGUUUACACCCAAUGCCUGGAGCAGACCAUGUGCAAUGCCAAAUGCCAGGCACACCCCGGUUGCACUCCGGAAAAUAUGCAUGAGGUGGUGCCGAAUUGCCGAUUUGGCAACUAUUUUAAAUGGUCUUCCCCUGGAAUUUUGCCAGCCAUUGUUUACAUGUUAUUGUCGGCUAUAAUUUUUUUGAUGCUAAUCUUCUGGAUUGAGCUACAUCGCAGGGAGAAGAAGUUCCACUCCCCAAGAGAUCUCCGUAAAAUGAGGAGUGCUACUUAUCCCUUCGAUGAUGGGGAUGUGGCGGAUGUUAAGCAAAAAAUCGCCGAGGCGGAUAACACCAAGGCCAAACAAUCCGUGUUUUUGGUAGAUCAGGUGGAGGCCAAAGUUCCAGCUGCGGGAAAAAGGAUCAAUACUGUCUCCUUUGCAUUGAACAAAUACAUGUGCAUGGGCAUCUUUGGGCCAAGAAAUGCCGGCAAGAGCCAUUUGAUGCGUCAGCUGGUCGGCCAGGAGGGAUUCGCCUUCGGGGAGAUCUUUGUGCGGGGCUUGGACUUCAAGUACGAUCUGGAGAGCAUCCACACCUACAUGGGCUACUCUCCGCAGCAUCGCGGACUGCUCAACGAUCUGACUCCAAGGGAGCACAUUCGACUUUUGUGCAUGAUCCGAGGCGUUCCGGAGGCGAAAAUCGGCGAGAAGAUGCACGACUUGUGCCUAAUGCUCAACAUGACCGGUUGGAUGCAUCGCAAGUGCAGUUUGCUGACGGCGGAGAAGCGGCACAAACUGAAAAUUGCCCUGGCCUUGGUGGCCUACAAUAAGAUCCUGGUUUUGGAUGAACCCACGUGCGGCAUGCCGGCGACAACCAGGCGGGAAAUAUGGAACAUUCUACGAUACAUACGAUACUGCGGCAAGACCAUCAUUUUCGCCAGCAACGAUGAGCUGGAGUGCAAGAUCUUGGCGGACUUUAUUAUCCUGUUCCAGGACAGCGAGAUGCUGGCUAUCGGCAGCCUUCAGUAUUUGCGCUACAAGUACAGCCACGGUUUCUACUUGGAGGUUCGACUAAUUCGCGACGGAGACACCCUCGCCGAGUCAGAGGAAAAUUUGCGCAAAGAUGUAGAGAAUCUCUCCAAGUUCGUCAACUUCUUACAUAACCGAUCUGAAUUAGUUGGUCGACUACACAAUUGGUUUAAGUUUUAUGUGCCAGUCGGCCACAUCGUCUAUUCGUUUCUUUAUGGCGCUAUGGAGAAAAACAAGGUGCGUUUGAAUGUGAGCGACUACUGCAUUUACCAGGCGGACAUGAUCAAUGUGGUGGCCCAGGUGCAGGAGACGCGGGCCCAGUUGAAGUACCAUCUCAUCCAAACGGAGGGCCCACUGCCCGUGGAGCCGACGACCCCCAAAAAGGCCGCCCAGCCAAAGAAGGGCAAGAAGUGAAGUCCUUUUUGGGGCCACCCUAUUUCUCUCCAUGUAUAUUUUAUACAUCAAACAAUAUAUGUUUGUAAACAUUGCUUCACAAAUUGUCUUGAA